AUGGAGGGGAGAGAGAGUUUUGGUGUUGUGGUGGGUGAUGAAGCUCCAGAGAGCUUCCAUGUGGCUCCUAGAAUAAUUGAGAACAAUUUGGAUUUUUCAAGAGCCGCCAUGCCGGUGCCGUCGCCGGUGACGGAGGGUAAAAAGAAGAGAGGGAGGCCGAGGAAGUAUGGGCCGGACGGGAAGGUGGCGUUGGGGGCGGUUACGGCUUUAUCGCCGAUGCCUAUUUCAUCGUCGAUUCCGUUGACCGGCGAGUUUUCCGCUUGGAAGCGAGGUAGAGGAAGGCCUGUUGAAUCUAUUAAAAAGUCAUCGUUCAAGUUUGAGGUUGAAAGCCCUGGACCAGGUGAUGGAAUAGCAUACUCAGUUGGUGCCAAUUUCACACCACAUGUGCUCACAGUAAAUGCUGGCGAGGAUGUCACAAUGAAAAUUAUGUCCUUCUCACAACAAGGAUCACGCGCUAUAUGCAUUCUCUCUGCAACUGGGACAAUUUCAAAUGUUACACUUCGUCAACCAUCUUCUUGUGGGGGUACUUUAACAUAUGAGGGACGGUUUGAAAUUCUUUCCUUGUCUGGUUCCUUUAUGCCAACUGACAAUGGAGUUACUAGAAGCAGAUCUGGUGGAAUGAGUGUCUCUUUGGCCGGUCCAGAUGGUAGAGUAAUGGGGGGUGGACUUGCUGGUUUGUUGGUAGCUGCUGGCCCUGUUCAGGUUGUGGUGGGCAGUUUUCUUCCUGGUCACCAGUUGGAGCAAAAAAAUAAGAAGCAAAGGGCGGAGCAGAUAUCAACUAUUACCACUUCACCUGUUACUCUCAUCUCUAGUGAGGAACUAAAAGUCAGUUUUGGUGGAGUAAAGCCUAUUAUGACACCUGCAGCUUUUCAAGAAGAGAAUAUUGUUUCUUUUAACAAUGGUCAAGACUCUAGGAACUCAUCUCCUGAUGACAAAGAUCCUAUACCUGAAAAGGAGUCUAAUUUAAGCCAAUCAAACGCUGAGGCUGCAUGCUAA